AUGCACUUUUUCAUGGUUCUUUCCACCAUUAUCAGAUUGUCCUUGAUAGGCAUGGAAAUCCAUCUCACUAAAGGAAUUGUGAUUCAAGAGGUCAGAGCAUUGUCUGCCUCUCUGAAAACAAAGCCCAUAAAAUACAGCUUAACGAAGGGGUCUAUUUGCAAAGUGGAGUCUCAGCAUAUAUCUGACUCCAGCAAGGACCAUCCUCAGCAACAGGCUGGAGUGAUCUGGAGAGUGACAGGAGGCCUGUUCAGCAUUACCCGGGGAGCUGUGGGUGCCACAUUAGGAGGAGUUGCCUGGGUUGGCAGCAAGAGCCUGGAACUCACCAAAACAGCUGUGAGCAGUGUCCCUGCUGCUGGUGUUGGACUGGUAAAGGGCAGCGUCUCAGUAGUGACCGGUGGCAUGGGAGCCGUGGGCAGUGCAGUUGCCAGCAAAGUCCCUUUCACUGCAAAGAAGAAGGACAAGGCUGACUAGCCACGAUUGCAGCUUCCUUCUGAAAAAUCAACUUGUCCAUAUGCUCCCCCCCCCUACACAGCACCUCUUCAGAUUGGAAAUGGCCACCUCAGGGAGGGGAUAAGUACCAGUGCAGACUCCAGCUGCAGCCUGUUCAGCACCACCUGCCUGGCUCAAAGUUCACAGAGACACUGCAAAUGCCUUUCACUCCCAUCACCUACUGGGAACUAUCUCUAUUCCGAGGGCUUUAAAGACGCAGUUGUCUCUACCUUGAAAUUUCCUUCUCCCCUUCUUGCUCUCCUGAGUACUAAAAGGGUUGGAGUAAGCACUGGGCUCCAUCUCUCUGGAGACAGUGGGUGGGUGGGAAAAACUGUGUCCUAGCAUUGAGAGCACACAUGUUCCUGAUGGUCCUUUCAUUUUAUUUUAGUUGGAUUCAGCCUCAGUUGGGGAAGCAGUCUCUGUAAUAGUCCAGUUCCUUGGCUCUGAGAGAUUCUUAGGGAUCUGCCUUCAGGCAGGGGAGGAGGAAAUCUGCCAUGAAGAAAAUUCCAAGAAUAUGAAGGUGAUCUACCAUAAAUAGGAAAAGGCUUCCUCCUCCCCUGCUGGCAAAAUCAAGAGGACGACUGAGAUCCUUUGUUAAUAGGCCAUAGUCCUCAGGUUGGCUCUCCCAGCCAUGCACUCAGGCUAAAUGUGUCCUUUAAAGAUGGAACCCUGAGCCCCAACCAGAAGUCCUGGUGAUGCCACACAAGCAUGUUGUAUGCUUCAUGCCAUAAAACCUUGGGGCAGAUUUCCUUGUUCAAGGGUGGCUGUGAUGGAGGAGCAAAUCUGUUUGCUAUUUGAGAGUGGAAGAAGGGAGAACGUAGGUCACCUUAGUUCAUGGUGGGAAAUGACUGGCACCAAUGCAGUGUUAUUACAGAGCUACCGGGCCCCUGUAACUCCAUAGCAAGAGGCAGCACUGCCAGGCUAUGGCCAGUGGCUAUGGCUAUGGCCAGUGCUGCUUCCAUCAUAAGGAGGUAGUAAUGUUCUUCUCACUGGGAAGACAAGCUUAGCCCCCAUGCAAGUAAGUUCAGCCCCAUUGGAGUUUCCCCGUGUGCAUGUUCUCAGCCAGGUAAAUGCAGCAGGGUCACUUUGACUCUAAGCCUGACUCAUGCUACCACUGCUCAGACAUUGUUCUACACUGUGGUGAAGCAUGUUCCUCCAUCUUGUCUGAGUACUGCAGUGAGCCGUAGUCUAGGACGUCACUUUUGCCAGGGCUCAGCAGCUCAAGGGCAACUCCCUACACUGCACUGGCGCCAUUGUGAGCCCACCGAUUUGCUUUAGAAAGUGAUUUCCCUAUGCAAGUGCACUCAAAUGGGUGAUCCUGUUGUGAGCACCUCCUGUAACCCACUGCUUGUGGAGCUCCAGCCUGCCCCAGGUGAAUAAGCAUGUUGCAUUGAAGAAAAAUCACCCUGAGCUCUUUAGCUCAGAAAAAGCCCAGAAACCCAUAUUAAGCCCAGAGUUGCCUCUCCAUCCUGAACCCACCACAAAGUGCUCCAGGAGUCGCAUGAUCUCUUAUGCGCACGCACACGCACACACAUGUCCCCUGGAAGCCCUAGAAUUAAUGGGAUGAAGAAGACCCCAGGUUCCAACAUUAAUUUUGCCUUUCCUGGCUUCUGUCAGGUUGUUAACCUAGAUUGUUAGAGGUUGGGUGUAUAGAAAAAUGAAGCAGUGUUUGUGCUGUAUUUUAUAAAUAUGCCUGUAUGUUAGUGUGCGUGUCUGUAAUCUGCCAGUCCACAGGCAUGUUCUCAGCCAGGUAAAUGCAACUGUGCCACUGCAGCAGAGGAGUUUAUAUAUUCACCUUUGGCACUUCUAGCAUAUAGGUUUUUAUAUAGGGACACUGUCAAAAUAAAAAUCAUGUUGUGGAAGACAGUUUUUCCCAAGGUGCCUAACCAUUUAGUUUAUUAAAACCAAAAGAAUGUAUAAAAAAAAUCUCCUUUUCUCCCAUCUGUGCUGUUUGUUCCAGUUUUGCCCUUUAUUUUGAAGAAUGAACCCAGCCUAGUUUGUUCUCUCUUUCUGUUCCUAGUCUGUUCCACUUCAUGGUUUUCUGCAGUUGUGAUGUUGGUGGGUUUGGGUCUCUGAUGUCAGGGAAUAUUUAAAUACAGGGGCAAGAAACCUUUUCACUGACUUUUUUUUUUUUUCUUGGACUCAUGAACCUUUUUCAAUUUUGACUUUUUCUGAAAACCACUUUUUGGCCUGAUUUGAGUUGACCAGGAUCCUUCACUAGCCAAGCUGAGUUUCGUGGUCUCUCUCCGUCACCCUUGCUGGGAAAUGGACCUUGCUAUUUGCAGUGGCAAAGAAUUUGCUGAUCGUUGCAGUAUGUAGCUCUUUGUAGAAUGAAAAUGGCUUGACCUGCUGCUUUGUUUUUAAAGAGGAAACUGCUUUGCUGAUGCUUUUUUCUGCCGGCCUGACUGACACAGACAUGUUAGGUUUGUCUCUGAAGACAGCAACUUCAGAGAGAUCAGACUUCAAUCUGUGCAUCUAUACCCUGCUGGAAUAUUCUUCAGCAAUCAGCAAGGCCCUGGGAAGUUUUACUCAGCUCUUCCCAUCUACCAAGCAGUCUGUGCACCCUCAUUCAUCACCCUUCCCUGGGUGCAUCUUGAUUUUUUCCUUGUUCUUCUAAAUCCUGCCCUGACCCUGCAGCUAAUAAAUGUCCAUCAUUAGCUAAGCUGUCAACAUCUCUCUCCUGUUUGAUACAUUUGCUGGGCAAAGUAGAUGAAUGGCCAUCUGGUGCCUCCCAAACCCUAGGUCAGGAGGAGACAGAUAACAUAGAGACUUCCCUUCGACAGUUUCCACAAAGGGACUGAUGGAGAGCAGAUCAGGAAAUUUUUUCUGAACUC